ACGUCAUUCACCGACACCGGCUGGUGCGUUGACAGUUGGAUAACAGUCUGCGAGAACUGUGCCAUGGGUCUCCGUGUGUAAGAAAACAAAACUCAGUUCCUAAGCCUUCGCUUUGGGGCUUUUAAAUGUAAAAAAUAACCGUCUUAAUAUCUCCAACCUGGCUCAAGUUUUAAGGACUAUGGUUUAAUGGAGAAUUGAAGUCCUUAGUUCUGCAAAUCGGCUGAUUUGUCUAAACUUUGGCACCAGUGGUCGUGGAUGAGUUCCGUUGUUAUUUUCACUUUUCUUCCGAUUGUUUGGAGUUUGGAGGACUGAUAAUUCUACACAAAUGCCUGCUUCAUCAGGAGACAUGGAUUUGGAUUUUAACGACUUGAAUCUGGAUGAUGGGACCAUGGCCCACGUGGUGGCAGCCUUUGAGCAGAGCCUGUCGAACAUGACCAAUCGUCUCCAGCAGCUGACAUGUGACGCCGACCAAAAGGACAGCGAACUCCAAGAACUCCGGACCAAGAUAGAACUGCUCAAGUACACUCAGCAAGCCGCGGUGGCUGGGGAGCAUCAACGCAACGGGGACCCCGCCGCUCUACUCAGAAAACAAUCCUUCGGCAAAGAUUCCAAUGUUUUUCCCGAGGUACGCAUCAGUCGCCAGUUGUCCACAGAUAGCAUGUCUAGCCUAGCAUCCAUGACAAGCAUGUCCAGUUUCGGCUCUGCGGUGACCGACUCGGAAGUCACGGACGGCAAGAAGAACCUCAAGAAAAAGAAGCACUGGCUUCGGAGUUCUUUCCGUGCUGCCUUCAGUCGCAAGAAGAAGAACGGCACCUCAACGGACACCGAGGACCUGGAGAGCAACAGCUCCUUCCAAAGUGGCGGUUACCCCGCCAACCAACAGCUCAAGACAUCAGCCUCCACAUCGGCAAUCUACGAUGCUGAGAAGAGCCAAGAGACAAUCAACGAUCUCAAGAGGAAACUGAGAGAGAAGGAGAGCAAGCUGACUGACGUCAAGCUGGAAGCGUUGAGCUCACAGCAUCAACUGGAUCAGAUGAAGGAAUCCAUGAGCAAAAUGAAGAAUGAAAUGAGCACACUCAAGCAGGAGAAUGACAGACUCCAACGUCAAGUCGUCGCUCAUCGAUCCCUGGAUGCCAGCUCCUCCCAAGCCUCUCUCAACUCUCUAGGAUCUUCCAAACGGCUCAGCCGAGAUUCACUAGACAGGCAUCGGUUAAGCAUGAACUCAGACCACGGCAGUCUAGAUAUUUUGCUGGAUGACAACUCUGGUAUGACAAACAACAGUCAACGCAUCAUUGUGACCGUUGCUGUCAAUAGUCUACCCGAAGCUGUUAAACAGGCAGAGCAUGUCUUGCCUAAGCAACAGGAAGUGUUUAUAGGAACCAUUGGCAUCAGUAGCAAGACAAACUGGGACACGUUAGACAGUGUCGUCAAGAGAAUAUUCAAGGAGUAUGUAUUAAGAAUAGACCCAGUGACAAACGUCGGCCUCAGUGCAGAGAGUGUACAUAGUUACAUCGUCGGAGAGAUCAUCAGAACGAAAGACUCGGACCCACCAGAACUCUUGCCUUGUGGAUACCUAGUGGGUGAUAACACAUCCAUCCAGAUCCAUGUCAAAUGUGUACAGCAGAACAGCUGCGAUCGCCUUGUCUUCGAGACCCUGAUUCCCAAACCAAUCCUCCAGCGAUACAUCUCGUUACUCCUGGAGCACAGACGCAUCAUCCUGUGUGGACCUAGUGGAACAGGGAAGACUUUCCUAGCUCAGAGAUUGGCCGAUCAUAUCGUUCAGAGGGGUGGCAAAGAGCCCUCAGAGUCCACCAUCGCCGUCUUCAACGUGGACCACAAAUCCAGCAAAGAGCUGAAACAAUAUCUGACUAAUGUGGCCGACCAAUGCGAGACAAAUUCGGUGGAUCUGCCUUCAGUCAUCAUCUUAGACAACCUCCAUCACGUCGGUUCCCUUGGCGACAUCUUCAAUGGUUUCCUUAGUUACAAGUAUCACAAGUGCCCGUUCAUCAUCGGCACCAUGAACCAAGCGACAUGCUCCUCCACCAACCUACAGCUGCAUCAUAACUUCAGGUGGGUGCUGUGUGCCAACCACAUGGAGCCCGUCAAGGGUUUCCUAGGUCGCUUCCUGCGACGCAAGCUGGUCGAGACCGAGAUCCGAGAGAACACACGCAACAAUGACCUCAACAAGAUCAUCGACUGGAUUCCCAAAGUCUGGCAGCACCUCAACAAGUUCCUGGAGUCUCACAGCUCCUCAGACGUGACCAUCGGGCCUAGGCUGUUCCUGUCUUGCCCUGUGGAUCUAGCUGGGUCUCAGGUCUGGUUCACUGAUCUCUGGAACUACUCCAUCGUGCCCUAUCUCCUGGAGGCUGUCAGGGAAGGAUUACAGCUCUACGGUCGCAAAGCAGCCUGGGAAGACCCUGCCGAGUGGGUGAUUGACAGUUACCCCUGGCAACCCACCAGCAGCCAAGACUGGCCCUCGUUGCUACGGUUACGCCCGGAGGAUGUCGGGUUUGAUGGCUACACCAUGCACACCGGGAUUAAAGGUCAGCAAUCUGGACAGAGUGAUGCUGAAGGCGAUCCGCUGUUCAACAUGCUGAUGAGGCUGCAGGAAGCAGCAAACCUGUCAGGAGCCCAGAGCUGCGAUAGCGACACCAACAGCAUUGACAGCGUUGGCUUGUCCACGGAAGACAUCCAGAAAACUGUGGAGAUUACUGUCUGAACACCUUCAAGACUGGGAUAUCGGCAGAUGAAAACAACUGGCAGAACACCAAGAUGAAUAUUCAUGAAAUGCAGAGUAGGACAAUUUGGCAAUAAGAGAAAACAUGAUGAAUAUUCAUAGUAUCAGAAAUAAGUUGGAAUGGAGUGUCUACAACCAAUUUCAGCAGUAUUUCACCGGGAUGAAUAUUCAUAAGGAAAAAUCCUUUGAAUAAAGGAGAAAACAAGAUGAAUAUUCAUGAUAUUUGAGAUGCUUCAAUAUUGAGUACCUACAGCGCAGCCCCAGCCUUCAGUAAUUCAUGAAUAUUCAUUGUCAAGAUAUCUCUGCAGUGUUAUCUGCAGAGGGCUGCAACUUCUGAAUGUUGAGAAACCAAAAAUAUUUUCAUCAAAGAUGAAUUACAACAUGAAUAUUCAUGAAAAUAUAUUUGCUUCAUAAAUAUUCACAAUCAUUGUAUAUUUAUAUGCCUCUUCUUAUUUGUAUUAUGUGGAUCAAUUUGCAUAUGUCUUGCUUUUGACCAUUAAUCAAUUUCAUAAGUAGAAAAGAUUAAAUAGAUUUAGUUUUGAUGUGAAUACAGUGAAACGUUUGGUCAACAUUCUCAGUUGCUGUCUCCUGUAUUUGUUGUCAAUAUAAAAUUGCAGAGCAAGUCUGACAAUAAAAAUAUUGAUUUUGGCUGGAUGGUAGACUGUUACAGAUAGAAGCAAUGUUGUAUAUUUCUGUGAGUGUUUUAAUCUUAUUUGGUUUGUACACUGUUUGACCAAUAUUGAUGUUCAUAAGGCUCUUGUCAAAAGUUAAAAAACGAAAGUCAUUUUCUUUCUUUUGCUAAGGGCUUUUUCUUCAAUACUUUGUACAGCUUUUGUGAAAAAUUGUCUUAGUUUUUUUUGGUAGGAUAUAAACACAAGGUUCUUUUUUUUAACCAAUAAUUGUUUUUUUCUCUCUCUAUAAAAAGCAAUGUGCAAAUAUUUCAGACCGUGCUCGGUAUUUUUCACAUUUUAAAAUGAUAUUUUCUGUAAAUAUGUACCUAUAUGUCCAUAACUGUACAAAGUAUGAAAAGCAUGUGUAGAUAACUGUAGAUAAUUUGAAAUGAUAAAACAAUGACAAAUUUAUCUCUUGCCAACAUGCAAAGCAGGAUUGUCCACACAAGCAAAAACACAUCACGGUUGUAGCUUCCUAGCGUGGGCUAAAGACCAGCGAAUGUGAAGCUCAAAUGUUGAUAUUUAGUGAAAAGCAAAAAGGCCAUAUUUCUCUAGCUCUUUAUUAAAUUUGCAAAUGAAAUCAUCAGAUCAAAACAAAUGUUUUACAAAGAAAACCUCUAAUUUUUUUGACAACAGUAUUGUUAAAUUGAUUAUUUGAAAGGUAAUUGAUUUCAAAAUGAGUUGGAAAAAAAUGAACAAAAUAUCAUGUCUUAAUUGCACAAGACAAGAAUUUAAAAAAAGAAAUAGCGCUUGUCAUUGUCAUAAAAUAUACAUUAGAAUCAUGAAAAAAAGGAAAGUUAAGUUUUCAGAUCACCUCAGCAUUUUUAAAACUCAAAUCUUGUUUUGGCUCUAGGUUUUGGACCCCAGUUGUUACUACGGAACCAAAAAAUAAAAGCAUUUCGACUUUUGAAGUCUUAUCAUUAUUUCCAGUUCAAACCUGUCGCACAGGCAUAGCAAAAACUCUCAAACUGUCGAUAAAGGCAUAUACACCUUCAAGGUUUUUUUUUUUACUUCUUUUGUUUGAUUUUUCAAUCAACGAUAUCUUUGUAAUCCUUUUUAUAGUACACACAUUGGAUGGGUCGGAUUAUCAGCAAUGUAUUCACAUUUCACAGUGCUCCGGAUUUUUUUACUCGUAUAUUAUCAACUUAUAAUUUGUUUGGAUGUGCAAUGUGAGCAAUGAUGUAUUUAGUAUAGUGGCACAUAGAGUUGCUUGCCUUUCUUGAAAUACAUGUACUUUAUGCAUACGGUAAUGUGGUUGUAAAAGAAAGUUUUCAGUUUCAUGAACACACAAAAUGACAACACAAGAAAGCUCAUGUUUUGUGUUGGUGUGAGGGGCUAACUACUGUGCUCUUUCAAUUGACACCUAUGAGGAUACCGCUCCUUUAGUGGAUGUUGCCAGAUUUAGUAGACAAGUCCAUCUCAAGACUGGUCGAAAGUAAAUCACAAGUCAGUUCACUAGUCUUGUCACAAGCAGCAGGGGGUGAAUUGUGACAAAGGAGUGUUUGUCAGAGGUCACUUGAAUCGCUUGUGAGUUGUGAUGGACUCAUGAUGGACUUGACUACAAGACUAGAUGUCAUGCUUGGCGCAGAUCAGUUCUCAGUGGUUUGCAUCCUUCACAUGGUCACAUGACCAGUCACAUGGUCACAUGACCACUCACUCAAAACUCUCUGUCUGCUGCUUGUGACUGCCAUAUUGGAAUGAAAGUGAGGCUGGAUAUACAGUUACUGUGUAACUUGCUAAGGUAUGAAUGGAACCUCUACAAGUGGCCCCCUUGCCUCACUUUCAGCCCAGCCUGCUUGCAAAAUAUUUAUUGUAAAAAAAGUUGAUUUAAUUACCAAUUGUAAAGAAAGGGAAGUAAGUUUCCAAACUAUGUACAGCAAUUGAGUUCAUUGUGUCUGCUUCUUGAGCAUGUUUUGCUGUUAAGAUCAGUGUAUAGUAAUUUGGAAUGAGUUAUAUCUUGUGCUACUUAAAACUUCAUUGUGAGUAUAAUACUGGUUAUUUAAUGAUAUCUGUUUCGUGGUGACAGAACCUGGUGUAUAUUUUGCAUAUUUCAUGUGUCAUAUUUUUUUUUUAACAGAAAACAUGCGGUAUGAGUUGCUUUUAAACAAUAAAUCUGUACUCUAAUUAUUUUACAUAAUGCAGUGAAGUAUAUACACAUUUGGAUGUUAAAAAUUCUAAAUUAAAACCAAAAAAAAAAAUCUUAUCUGAAAAAUAUCUGUUUUCUUUGAACAUUAAGUGCAUCUUGCUUUGGUUGAGAAUCUUUGUAAUGGUUUAACGUGUAUUUAUUUUGUAAUUUUUAGGAUGGUACUUAAAUUCUGUAAGCAUAUCUGACGUACUUUUGGAUGUAUUAAACUAGUACCUAUUUGGGUAUGUUUUCCUCUUUUUAUUUUUGAAAAGGAGCCUGAGAAAGGAACGCUGCAAAGUUUUCAACAAUUCAACAGGUUGAAAUUAUCUAGGCCAAAAAAAGAAAGAAACCUCAACACAUUCUUAUAUGUCAUAAUAUUUUGUUAACUGCAAUCACAUAAUGUAUUUCAGUAAAAAAAAUGUCUUUACAUUUUUCAAAUGUUAACAAUUCAGAACAAUUUGUUAGCAUGAUCACGACUGUCGAAUAUUCAAAUAGUUUGUCCAAAUGCUGCUGUAAAGUCUAUUGUAAAAAAAUUUAGCUUGUAAAAAAAUUGUCCCAACUUUAAGAAACUAAUUAAGCUACCAUCAACCCCACACUCAUAAUUGGAAAUAUCAAUGUAAAUUAUGUAUAAUUUGUAUCAUACGUAAUAAUAAGGUAUAAAAUUAUAUAAUUUUAAUCAAUUUUUUAAUCAAAAUUAUUUGUGAUCAUGUAACAAAAUACAAGACCAGUAAGUUACAAAGAUAAGAAAGUAUAAAAGAACAUGUACCAUUAAUAAUUCUCCACAACUUUUUUUAAAACAAAUAUGAUAAAUAUUUACUAUUCCACUAAAAUGUCUUUAAAAAAAUGUAUUACUGCUGUUUUUCUCUACAUAGAUACAUCUUUGUUCAGCAACUGCAUGUCUUCUUUCUACAUCUCAAGAAAAGCUGUAAUGUUGGUAGGAAAUACUCACGUUCCUUUUGCAAAUUCAAGUUUGCAAGUUCAGUUUUUGCAGUUGCUUACUUCUUUAACUCACGAACAGUUUCCCAUCUUUUUCCCUUUAAUUUUUAAAGACAUAAUUCACAUGAAGAUCUCUAUUUUGUGUACCUAUAACACUCACUUGUAUUUAUUCUCCGAUGAGUGAUAUUGUCUUGAACAAAUUGUGGACUAGAAUCCUGACGACAAAGAGAAAACAAAUAUGAAUAAACUUUACUUUUUACCAGUGUUCUGUAAUAA